AUGCCGGUCAUGAAGGGGUUGCUGGCCCCGCAAAACACCUUUCUGGACACCAUCGCCACCCGCUUCGACGGCACGCACAGCAACUUCCUGCUGGCCAACGCACAGGGCCCACGGGGCUUUCCCAUUGUCUACUGCUCUGACGGAUUCUGCGAGCUCACAGGCUACGGCCGCACUGAGGUCAUGCAGAAAACCUGCAGCUGCCAUUUCCUCUAUGGUCCAGAGACCAGUGAGCCAGCCCUGCAGAGGCUGCACAAGGCCCUGGAGGGUCAUCAGGAGCACCGGGCUGAGAUCUGCUUCUACCGAAAGGAUGGCUCGGCCUUUUGGUGCCUCUUGGACAUGAUGCCCAUCAAGAAUGAGAUGGGAGAAGUCGUGCUUUUCCUCUUUUCCUUCAAGGACAUCACUCAGAGUGGAGGCCCAGGAGUUGGCUCCCCAGGAGGCCACGGGGACAGUAAUCAUGAAAACUCACUUAGCAGGAGGGGAGCCGGCUCAAGACUCCGAUCUGCCAGGAGGCAGAGCCGUACUGUCCUACACCGGCUGACUGGCCACUUUGGCCGCCGACGCCAGGGAGGCAUGAAAACCAAUAAUAACGUGUUUGAGCCAAAGCCAUCAGUGCCCGAGUACAAGGUGGCCUCCGUGGGGGGGUCCCGCUGCCUCCUCCUCCACUACAGCGUCCCCAAGGCCGUGUGGGACGGCCUCAUCCUCCUCGCCACCUUCUACGUUGCGGUCACCGUCCCCUACAAUGUCUGCUUCUUGGGCGAUGAUGACACCCCCAUCACUUCCCGACACACCCUUGUCAGCGACAUCGCCGUGGAGAUGCUCUUCAUCCUGGAUAUCAUCCUGAACUUCCGCACCACCUAUGUGUCCCAGUCCGGCCAGGUGGUCUCUGCUCCUCGUUCCAUUGGCCUUCACUACCUGGCCACCUGGUUCUUUGUUGACCUUAUUGCUGCUCUGCCAUUUGACCUGCUUUAUGUCUUCAACAUCACUGUGACUUCGCUGGUGCACCUGCUGAAGACCGUGCGGCUGCUGCGGCUGCUGCGGCUGCUGCAGAAGCUGGAGCGUUACUCACAGUGCAGCGCUGUGGUGCUCACACUGCUCAUGUCCGUCUUCGCACUCCUCGCCCACUGGAUGGCCUGCGUCUGGUACGUCAUCGGCCGCCGGGAGAUGGAGGCCAAUGACCCGCUGCUCUGGGACAUCGGCUGGUUGCACGAGCUGGGCAAGCGGCUGGAGGAGCCCUACGUCAAUGGCUCUGCGGGCGGCCCGUCGCGACGCAGCGCCUACAUCGCUGCCCUCUACUUCACGCUGAGCAGCCUCACCAGCGUGGGCUUCGGCAACGUGUGUGCCAACACCGACGCGGAGAAGAUCUUCUCCAUCUGCACCAUGCUCAUAGGCGCGCUGAUGCACGCCGUGGUGUUCGGGAACGUGACGGCCAUCAUCCAGCGCAUGUACUCGCGCCGCUCGCUCUACCACAGCCGCAUGAAGGACCUCAAGGACUUCAUCCGCGUGCACCGCCUGCCGCGGCCGCUCAAGCAGCGCAUGCUCGAGUCCUUCCAGACCACGUGGGCCGUCAACAGCGGCAUCGACGCCAACGAGUUACUGCGUGACUUCCCAGACGAGCUGAGAGCUGACAUCGCUAUGCACCUGAAUCGGGAGAUCCUGCAGCUGCCGCUGUUCAGAGCGGCGAGCAGGGGCUGCCUGCGGGCCCUCUCCCUGCACAUCAAGACCUCGUUCUGCGCUCCAGGCGAGUACCUGUUGCGCCGUGGGGACGCCCUGCAGGCACACUACUACGUCUGCUCCGGCUCGCUUGAGGUGCUUCGAGACAACAUGGUGCUGGCCAUCCUGGGGAAGGGGGACCUGAUUGGGGCAGAUAUCCCUGAGCCGGGGCAGGAGCCUGGGUCAGGGGCAGGCCCAAGCUACGUGCUGAAGACCAGCGCUGACGUGAAGGCACUGACCUACUGUGGCCUGCAGCAGCUGAGCAGCCGAGGGCUGGCUGAGGUCCUGAGGCUCUAUCCUGAGUACGGGGCUGCCUUCCGGGCUGGCCUGCCCCGGGACCUCACCUUCAACCUGCGCCAGGGCUCUGACACCAAUGGCCUCAGCCGCUUUUCCCGGUCUCCUCGCCUUUCCCAGCCCCGCUCGGAAAGCCUCGGCUCCUCCUCAGACAAGACCCUGCCAUCCAUCACGGAGGCUGAGACUGGGGUGGAGUCUGGGGGUGGUUCUAGGCCCCGCCGGCCCCUCCUGCUGCCCAACCUCAGCCCAGCACGACCCCGGGGCUCCCUGGUCAGCCUCUUGGGCGAGGAGCUGCCCCCAUUCUCAGCCCUUGUCUCCUCCCCUUCCCUGUCCCCAACCCCUUCCCCUGCCUUGGCUGGCCGGGGUCACAGGCCCUCCCCUCAUGGCCCCCCCAGGGGCUCUGCUGCCUGGAAGCUCCCCCAGCUUCUCAUUCCCCCACUGGGAACCUUUGGACCUCCGGACCUCAGUCCCCGGAUAGUGGAUGGCAUCGAGGACUCUGGCAGCACAGCGGAGGCCCCUACAUUUCGGUUCAGCAGGAGGCCUGAGCACCCUAGGCCCUGCUCACAGGCCCCUCCUUCAGGUACCAGGCCCAGCCAGGAACUGGCCACGGAGGCUGAGGAGAUGAAGGAAAAGGUCUGCAGGCUGAACCAGGAGAUCUCCCGUCUCAAUCAGGAAGUGUCUCAGCUGAGCCGGGAGCUUCGACAUAUCAUGGGCCUGCUACAGGCCAGGCUAGGUCCCCCGGGCCACCCAGUAGCCUCGGCUCGGCCCCCAGACCCUCCUGGUCCCCAGCUGAGGCCUCCGUGCAUCUCUCCCUGUCUAUCUGGACCACUGCCUAGCCUCCAGGAUACUACUCUCGCUGAGGUCCACUGCCCGGCCAGUGUGGGGACAGCAGAGAUGGGGGCCACGCCCCCCAACCUGAGACCCUCCGUGCUACCCCCCUACCCCUCAGAGCCUGAGUCUCUGGGACCCUCCCCAGUGCCAGAGGCCUCACCUCCGACCCCAAGCCUCAUGCGGCAGAGCUUUCAGUCCAGGCCAGACGCGUUCCACUGA